AUAAACACAUUUUCACAGAGUUUUGAAAGUAUUAAACGGUCUUAAAAUUGUAGCUUAUUUUCAGAUCUCAAAAGUUAUCAACUCUUUUGCGACACAACUAUUGAACUAAAAUCUUCCGAAACUCAACUGAAAUCAUGUCUCCCUUUCCGCCAACAUUUAUAGCCGAGUGGACAGACAGACGUACGUCCGAACAGCUCGAGUACAGACGUCUGGGACAGACAGAUAUGAUGGUCUCGACACUCAGCUUAGGGGGCGCACAUGUUGUCAAAGACCUGGUGUUUAGCGCCGACGGCUCGCAACUAUUGAGCGGUUAUGAGAGUGUGGUUCAGUCCAUCAGAAGGACAGUUCAGUCGGGAAUCAAUUUCAUAGACACCUCUCCCUUCUAUGGCUGCGGGAAAGCGGAGCUCGUGUUGGGAAAGGCAUUGGAAGGCAUUCCCCGGAAUGCAUACUAUUUGGCAACAAAAGUCGGUCGCAAACCCGACUGCACUUUCGACUACUCGUCCCAAUGGGUCGUCCAGUCGUUUGAGUCGAGUCUCAAGAAACUUGGCGUCGAUUACUUGGAUUUGAUUCAUGUACACGACGUGGAGUAUUGCGAUUCCAUUGAUAUUAUCAUCAAUGAAACACUUCCAGCACUCGAUAGGCUCAGGCAACAGAAAAAAGUCAAAUACAUUGGUAUCACUGGCUAUCCAUUGCAUACACUAAAAGAAAUAAUAGAGAGAAGUGCUGUGAAACUGGAUGUCGUUCUGUCUUAUUGUCGAAUCACUCCUUUCGACCAAACAUUACUCCAAUUCUUGCCAUUCUUUAAGAGCAAGAAUUUGGGUGUAAUUAAUGCGGCGAUUCUGGGGAUGGGAUUAUUAACCCCGGGUAAUAAUGUGCCCUAUUGGCACGCGGCACCUACACCUAUACGACAGGCCUGUACUCAGGCCAUCAACUAUUGCAAUGACCGUAACGUGAAUAUCGCUAAACUAUCGGUUUAUUAUGCGUUACAACACAAGGGUAUCGACACUCACCUGAUAGGGAUGGAGGAUGAAAACGCAUUGAACGCUAAUUUAGAUGUUAUGGUCAAUGGGUUGAAUGAUAGGGAGAAAGAGGUGUUGAAUGAGAUUGUGGUCAAUAUAUUCGCCAAACUCCAUGUCCAUCACUGGGAGGGCCUGGAGUUGAGUCGAUACAGAGCCGACAGAAAGGAGUUCCAAGAGUUCCUAUUGAGAGGCAAAUAAUUGUAUCGCAAAUUGUGUCCAUUAUUUUAAAUGUCUUAUCAAUAAACAAAAAUCAAUUUUAAAUUUAGCGCAAAAACUUGUACGCAAAACAAAAUUUAUAUUAAAUACUCAAAACAUGCAAUUUAUUAAUUAC